AGGCUCUACUGUCGUUUCUAUCGCGUCCGCAAUGUUGGACUCGACGACUACUUCAUGGUUGCUGCACUUUUUGUCACGAUUGGCAUGGCGAUCAUGAAUGGAUAUCAUAUCAGCUGGGGUACAGGACAACAUUUGAAGUACUUGGAUGUACCUUCAAUGAGGAUUCCAACUCUCAAGCACUUCUAUUUCUACCAGUUGGUAUAUCCUUUGGCGCUGUUCCUCGUCAAGGCUAGCAUAUUAGCGCUGUACCAUCGCAUUUUUGAGCUGGUAGAAUUCCGAUAUAAAGUGUGGUCUGUAGCUGCAUUUGUCACAGUCUACACGAUCGUGGUUCUUUUUGUCAACGCUUUCGAGUGCAGGCCCAACCCUUCGCAAGCGUGGUCACCGACAUUUCCCAAAGGUUGCAAUAACCUGCGAGCUACCUAUUUUGCACUUGGAGCCAUAAAUGUUCUCACAGAUAUCACGAUCUUUCUCCUGCCAUUGAAAGCUUUUUGCAGUCUGCAACUAGAUCCGAGGAGAAGAUGGGCACUACUUGGUGUUUUCAUGAUUGGCGGUCUA